AUGCACCUCGGGCACCCCGACCAGCCGUACCUGGACCAGGCUGUGCAGGAGCGCGGCGCCGGCUGCACCGGCGUCUACCGCUGCCGAGCCGGCGGCGCGGUCGAGCUCGUGACGAGCCUGCUCGAGCGCCCCAACGGCCUUGCGUUCUCGGCCGACGGGGGCGCGCUGUGGGUGGCCAACUCGGUCAAGGACACGCCGUCGUGGCACGCCUUCCCGCUGCGCGAGGCGCUGCCGCUCGAGCGCAGCGCGGUGCUGGGCGAGAAGGAGCUCGGCGCCGGCGUGCAGCUCGGGCCGGGGCUGUCCGACGGCUUCAAGGUGGACGAGCUCGGCCGGAUCUGGAGCUCGGUGCCGGGCGGCAUCGCCGUCAUCGACCCCGUUGCGCCCAAGGUGCUCGCCUCGGUCAAGCUGGGCACCAACAUCUCCAACGUCAGGUUCGGCGACGGCGGCGACGUCUUCGUCACCGGAAAGGGACAUGUGUGGCGGCUCAAGCGCAAGGUCUGA